AUGGCCGCCACCGAAAAGCGGCCCGAGAUCAUCGCUCUCGCCCGCGAACUGAAAGAUGUUCCCAUGUGCGAGGAAUACGAGCGCAUGGUCUCCGGCAUGAUGUACAACCCCAACACCCCCAAACUGCUCGAGGCCCGUCACCGGUGUCGCGGGCUGGCAGCCGACUACAACAGCCUGGACACGAAAACGGUGCCCUACGAUCAGAUCUACGAGAAGAGGAUCGAGCUGCUUCGGCGCGUGGUCGGCAAGGUGGGCGACGGCACCUUUAUCGAGCCACCGUUCAUGCCAGACUACGGAUGCAACAUCAUCAUCGGCAAGGACUGUUUCGUCAAUUGGAAGUAUGUAUAUGUCCAUGUCCAUGUCCAUGUCGCGCGUCGAUUCGUCGUCUCCGGUUGGAUACGCUGGAUCAAAACUGACAGUAUCAGUCUCACUGUCCUGGACACCAGCCUCGUCGUCAUUGGGGACCGGGUGCAGAUAGGAACGAACGUCAGCAUCAUAACCGCCGGCCACGACACGAGUAUCCUGUCGCGGCGGAAGUUUGUGGAAUUCGGCCAUCCCGUCUUCAUCGAGGACGACUGCUGGAUUGGCGCGAAUGUCGUGAUUCUGCCUGGCGUCAGGAUCGGGCAGGGUUCGACGAUCGGCGCUGGCUCCAUCGUCACCAAGGAUAUUCCGCCCUUCUCCGUGGCAAUGGGGAGUCCAUGCCGGGUCAAAAGGACGAUUCCUUCGGCGGAGGAGGAAGAGCAGGAUGAGACGAAUCCGUUUCGGAAUCUGGUGCGCGAGGAUCGGUAG